AAUGUUCUCGAAAUAUUCAGACAAAAGGGGCUGGUCGUCCACACGUUGCAUCAUUUCGAACGAACGGAUCACACUAAUUGACUUUCUCUGGUAUUUAUUGAAUAUCUGCCAUCGAAAUGCCUACUGUUGGUGUGAAAAGGGAUCUUCUCUUUGAGGUUUUAGGGAGAACUUAUACUGAUGAAGAAUUUGAUGAGCUCUGCUUUGAAUAUGGCCUUGAACUUGAUGAAGUGACCUCAGAGAAGACGAUGAUAGAGAAGGAACAAGGAACAGAUAAAGCAGAGGGAGCUUCAGAUGUUGUCAUCUACAAAAUUGAUGUACCUGCAAACAGAUAUGAUUUACUUUGUCUUGAGGGCCUUUCCAGAGGAUUACUGGUUUUCCUUCAAAAAAUGGAAGCACCGCGAUACAGGGCUAUUUCACCUAAACAGGGAACUCUUCAACAAAUGUUCAUUAAACCAGCGACAGCUCAAGUGAGGCCCUAUGCUGUUGCAGCCAUCAUGAGAAAUAUCACCUUCAAUAAAGAUACCUAUGAUAGCUUUAUUGAUCUUCAAGAUAAACUUCAUCAGAAUUUAGGAAGGAAAAGAAGCUUGGUUUCCAUGGGAACCCAUGACCUGGAUACAAUCCAAGGGCCAUUCUACUUCGAUGCUCAACCCCCGCACCAAAUCAAGUUUGUUCCUCUAAACCAGGUCAAGGCAUUCACAGCUGUAGAGCAGAUGGAAAUGUAUUCCUCAGACAGCCAUCUACGUCAAUACCUCCCUAUCAUCAGAGACAAGCCUGUCUAUCCUAUCAUCAAGGAUAGCAACGGUGUCGUCCUGUCCAUGCCUCCAAUCAUAAAUGGUGACCAUUCAAAGAUCAAGCUUACCACCAAAAACGUCUUUGUUGAGAUCACCGGCACUGACCAUAAUAAAAUCAAGAUCACCCUUGACAUCUUAGUUGCCAUGUUCAGCCAGUACUGCAAGGAACCAUUCAUUAUGGAAUCUGUUGAGGUGAUCAAACCUGAUGGUAGCAAGGAUCUAUUUCCAGAGCUGAAGUACAGGGCAGAGAACGUUCCUGUGGAACUCAUCAACAAAAGAGUUGGAAUCAGUGAGUCUGCUGAUAGAAUAGCAAACCUACUUACCAAGAUGUGUCUUCCAAGUAAAGUUAUUGAAGGAGGAAAGAAGCUGUCGGUGGAAGUUCCUCCGACACGAUCAGAUGUCAUCCAUGCCUGUGACAUCAUCGAAGAUGUUGCCAUCGCCCAUGGAUACAACAACAUCACCAAGACGAUACCCCAAACAAAUACAAUCGCUGAACAGUUCCCCAUCAACAAGCUCACCGAUCUCCUGAGGUUGGACAUCUCUGCUGCAGGAUUCACAGAGGUCCUUACCUUUGCAUUGUGCUCAAGGGAUGAUGUUGCGGACAAACUUCAGGUUGAUCUUGCCAAGACCAAGGCUGUACACAUCUCAAAUCCAAAGACAGCUGAAUUUCAGGUCGCAAGGACAGCUCUCCUACCCGGAGUAUUAAAGACCAUCUCUUGCAACCGUAAGAUGCCUCUUCCUAUCAAAGUCUUCGAGAUCUCAGACGUCGUUCUUCAGAAUCCAGAGAAAGAUGUUGGUGCGGAGAAUAGGAGACAUUUCUGCGCUGUUCACUAUAACAAAUCACCUGGAUUUGAGGUUAUACAUGGCUUGUUGGACAGGACAAUGCAACUCUUACAAGUUCCCUUCUCAAAAGAAAAUGGCUACCACUUAAAGUCUGCUGAGAAUCCAACCUAUUUCUCUGGUCGCUGUGCUGAGGUUAUAGUCAGAGGCCAGUCCAUUGGCUACGUGGGCGUUCUCCAUCCAAACGUUGUCAGCAAGUUUGAAUUGACCAAUCCCUGUGCGGCGCUGGAGAUCUUCAUAGAACCAUUCCUUUGAUGAUGAUAUUUAUUCUCUGUGUAUGCAGAUUAGGGUAGUGAAUGCAAUAGAGACAUUUAGAUUUUAAUUCCAACAGGGACUAUAUUAUUGUCUAAAGCCACUUGGUCUGUUACCAGUUGGUCUAAAUUUUCAGAGCAUCGAAAAUGGCUACUGGCUAAACUCAAUUGGUCCAACAAUUUGGGCUCCCUAUUAUACUGUAAAGGUCUAAAUUCAGGGUAUAAAUCCCAUCAGAGAUUAUGGUCUAAAGCCAUUUGUUUAUAACCAGUUGGUCUAAUUUCAAGAGCAUCUAACGCUACUGUGGCUUAACUUGUCUGGUCCACCUGUUUGUGCUACUUAUCAUUUUGUCCAUGAUAAGACAGUCUAAUUGACAUUCAUCCUCUUUGAGUUUUCCUUUUUAAGUUAUGAACAUUUGUUCUAUUUCCAACUCUUCAAAUGGAUCGACCAAGUUGAUUUUAGACAGAAGGAAGUUAAGUGGCUCCAUUUUGUUAUUAUGUUAGCUCCAUUUACCAAAGGUUAUUUUGUUCAUAUGUGAUGAACUAAUUCAUAUGAAUGUACCUGACCAUGCCAUUUGGUAAUAAAUUCAAUUUAAUAGAUGCACAGCUUUGGUUUUAUGGUUUUGAAAAAUAUUAAAGGGCAAUUAAAUAAAAUAUGUACGUCCAACCCCCUAUAUAUGGGACCUUCAUGACAUUUUCUGUCUCUGAUUUCUUGUUCUUUUGACAGUCUGUAUUAAAUAAUGCUGUCAAAGGACCGUGACUUGUUCAGUUUAUGAAGUGAAGGGAGGAUUUAGAAAACUGGGGGUCGGACGUCCAUAAAGAUUGAUUAUUUCAUGGAAUUGCCCUAAAGUAGGAUCCAGAAAGUCCUUGGAACUUUCUGAAGAACUGUUAUACCUAGUGGUUAUUGGAUAAAACAGGAGAAGCCCAAUGCAAUGGAUUGAGAAUACUAUUACGAAGGACCCAGGGGAUAAUAAACCAAAUGGUCGCCACACCAACUGGGUGUAGACAAAUUAGAAUCACGUCAAAUGUGCACUUGACCAAGAGUCAUAAGGCCAAGAGGAAAUUUUGCAAAAUUCUUGUCAUUGCUAUCCUUUCCACUUGGUUUGACAGAAUUUCUCCAGAUUUUGCUUAGUUGAGAGGUGAAUUUAAAGAUAUGAUAUGAAUUCAGGCUGUUGGAUCAAAAUACAGACAGAUAUCAGGUGUUAAUUUCUUAUAUUUUAUGUGUCGUUUCAGAAUAUGUAUUCCAGCUGUAUUAUGUGCCUUGUUGCAUAAAGGUUAUAUGUAAUGGUCUCACCACUGUGAAUGGUUAUUACUAUGGUAAGAGGGCUAUACAGCCAAUUAAAAUCAAGGUUUCAAUGAAAACUAUGGCAAAAAGUACUUCACUGUUUAAUUUCAAUGAGGCCCUGCACCAACAGUGCUUUGCAAAGCUUUAAGUGAUAUUAAAAAAAAAGAAUAAACUCCCAGUUUAAUGUGGAAUAUAAUACCUCACCACAUUGUUUAGAUCGUGCUCGAAGACAUGCCCUACUCCGUAUUCAUCAUUGAGAUUAUACUUACAUACCACAGGAUGUGUUUGCACUUAAGCAUGGCUAUAAGCUACACUUAACUCUAUGUGAAACAAGUUUAAAGCGAAACUUUUAAAUAACAGUUGGAUUUAACUAUAUGAGAGCUUGCAAGAGGCUUGUGAGAUAUAGCAGCAAAUAAUGUGUACCACCUGUAAUCCAAUUAGUAUUAUUUUUUUUCAUUGAAGGGAAUAGUCAACCGCUAGAAGGACGUAAAGUUUUCUUGUGUUUUCAUCCUUUAAGUUAAGAAUGUCUUUGUAAAGAGACUCAUGCUUUCAAAACCUUUAGUUAAUAUUUUUUCAUAGCCACAAGUCAGUUUUUGGUAAUAUGCCUUAACUUUAAGCUGCAAAGGGUGGUAGUGUCCUUAUAAAACUUUCUAUUGUGUAAAUACAAAGAUUCCUUAUAGUAUUCCUACAUGUAUAUAUACGUUUCGCAAUUAGACCUUGGUCCCGCAACACAAAGGUUAGCGAUUGAUCGUACGAUUGAUUGUACAUUGUAGUCAAUGGAAUCAAUCGUAGAUAAAUGUUCUACGAUCAUUGCUAAGCUUUGUGUUACAGGCCCCUGGUGGGUGUUUCAUGAAGCUGUCAAUAAGUUACUCACUACUUCACACAUCAACUAUUCUCAUUCUAAAUACGAUAUUCUGUUUUCUGAAAAAUUACAAUUAUAUUAUAAUUGUUAAAAGAAUUAUAAUUAUAUUAUGAUUGUAAUAAUUAUAAGAAUUAUAUUAUAAUUGUUAUAAUAUAUAAUUAUAUUAUAAUUGUUAAAAACAAGAAUUUUAUUCUAAAAAGAUCAGGUUUAUUUCAACCCAUAGGAAUCAGUGUGAUUCAAUAUCUGAUUGUGCACUUAUGAACAGAUCACCAGGCCCCGUCUUACAAAGAGUUACGAUCGAUCCAAUCAACCACAACUAUCGAAAACCAGCAAUGUUAACAUCUAAAAUACAUCUUUGUUCAAAAUAUUUACUAGAUAUGAUGCAUAUUCAUACAUUCAUUGUUUGCUUGACAAUUCAGUAUGCUUCUCUUUGUUUUCAAAGGACAUUGUGCAAAUUUUCUGGAGAAAAAAAUAUGACAUUGAUGGAUUUCCAUAUACUUGGGAUUGAUAGAUCAAUUGUAACUCUUUGUAAGACAGAGCCCUGUUGUGUGUCUAUACAUGCGCAAAACUCAUGCAUACAGUCAUGCACAACUUACAAACAGCUUGAUGAAACAUUACCUUUUUAUUGCACCCUCCAAGGCUAUUGCCUUUUCUUUGGGACCAGGUAUUCCAUUAACUGUGUUUACUGAAUGGAAUGAGAAUCCGUUUUGCCUGAGUAUCUGUCACAUUAUGUUUGUAUAAAAAAAUAUUAGUGAUUCCUAUUUUCCUGGUAGUGGUACAUUAGAUUAUGCUAUCUAACCUUUAUCGAAUAUCCUUAAUCAUUUGGGGCAAUUUCAUUGAAUGUUCACACUUCCAUUUUUUUAUAUGGACACAUAUUCUGAAUCAUGAGAUCUGUAUUACUUGUUCUGAUAAUGAUUAAACAUGCAAACAUGUAUGAUAUAA